AUCUUCAAUUUGGUAACUUUGUCAAUGUUCAAUGUUUUGAAAAAAUUUUUUGAAAAAAUACUUAUAAAAUGCUUCUCCAUCCAGAAGAGAUAUCGAUACUUUCUCUAGUUAAAAAGUUUCGUUAGAGACUCAUUAAAAGCUCGUUUAUCGUUUCUGACAUCUCACCCCCCUUCGACUAUCACUUACAUUGAUAAUCUGAUAAUUUGUCGUUCGAGAAACGUUUUUAAUUUCCUCCGAGAGGCCAAGGUAAAAUUCGCAUGGUUCCUCUCUUUUCCCCUCCCCUUUUGUCCGUCCGCGCCGCCGACAAACCCAACAAACGGGAUUUCACCCUGCUCGAUAAUUUCGUUGCCAGGUAACCAACAAUCGGUUAUCCGUCGCUAACAAUUGAUAACGGAAUACCGGGAAUAGGAAUUUUGCACAAGUGCGCUUCGGUUCCCGAGGAGGAAUGUCGAGUAUGACGUACGACGAGCUUUGGAGGGCGGCUCAAACGUCCCUCGCGGAAACGAUUCAGGCGGACUCGGUACUCCAAGGCGCGAAACCGCAAAAGGAUCGUGGAAAGGCGCGGGAUCUCGUCUCGGGAUUGUACGUGAGGUACAGCCUUAUAUGCAACAAACUCGAGCGAUGCUACGACCAGAUGGUGCAGCCUCAGAAGCGUCUGCUCGUCAAGAGAUUAUUGGACGCGAGCCUGGGCAGGGUGUUGGAGUUGAAACACGAGCUGGUCAACAUCGAUCUCUCGGAGCACAGCUAUUACGACGACGCGCUAAUCAAGUGCGGCGUGACGCCGCAGGAGGCCGAGAUCCGGGUGCCGAGGUACUACAGACGCGAGCGAAUCGCGGAGAUCGAGGCCAGACGGAAAUUCAUAGAGGAUACGCUGCGAAAUCUUGGCGCGCUUCACGAGAUCGUUGUGCCCACCAAGAUUACGGAAUCCCAGGCUGUGCGGCUUAUUCAGGCGCACGAACGAGCGCGACAAGGUAGAGUGCGGUAUCAAUUUAUGAAAGAAAUUCGCGAGAUGAAAGAAAGAUCGACUACCAAGCCAGAAGUAGAAGAGAAAGAUGAAGCGAGCGAGAAACUCGCAGCACUGAAAAUUCAAAAAGUAUGGAAAGGAUAUAUUACAAGAUGCUACAUUCGCAAGAGACGCCUCGAGGAGAUGCUACUUAUAGGAAUGCUACAACCUAGUCAAGUAAUCACAGAAAAUGUCAGGCAAGCGGAGAGACUGAAACAACAGAGAUAUGAAAAGCAGAUGAAUUUUCAACGGCAAUACGAGGAUCUGAUUGUAGAGAUCACGGAGAGAAUUCGCAAAGAGAGGAGUGCCAUCAUGGAGGAAAACAUAAGAAGUGAAAUUCGAAAUUGGAUCGAUACUUAUUUUCAACAAACCGGAAAAAUACCUGACUUGCCAUCCGCCGAAAGCGGAGGUUCGCGAAUGAUUUUCAGCAGGCAGGGAACUGAAAGUACUGUGAGUAAAUCCACAGCGAUAUCAUCGAAGGAUUCAAAGAAAUCAAAACGCUCAAAAUCGAAGAAAGAUAGCGAAACGGAACAGUCGGAGGACGAAACGGAUUUGGGAUUCAAAUCCGUCCUCUCAAAUUUUUUACCGGAAUUGAUUCACGCGAAUCAAGAGUACCAGGACGUCUGGAAAGAUAAGGACGAGUCCGCGAAUCCGAUGCAGUUGCCUUAUCGCGAUAUGAUAGAAGCGGAAAAGACGAGGGAAGUCGAAGACGAAGUUAGAGUUAUCGUAGAUCAGGCGAUGAGAGGCGAUAUAGAAGCUCUUCAGCUUGCGUUAGAUAGAGACAAAGGUUUUAAAGGAAAACGUGCGAAGAAAUCUCAGAAGCGAGUUCGUAGGAGCGGAAAAAAUAAGAGAAAAAAAGAAAAAGAUUUGACACCUGAUAGAACGACCGAGUCUCUUUUCGAGGAGCUUGUUACGCAAGGAAUUAUUAAACUUCAUCGUGAAGUUUCGCUAAACGAAUUUAAAGGUGAAAAGUCUUUUGCAAAUUACGAUCUUCGUAUGAAGGAGAAGGAUCCUCUUCCAACACUCGGCGACAUAAGACAAUUGAUCGCCGAAUACUGCAUACUUCCGCUGGGCAGUCAAGUCCUAAGAGAAUUGACACCUCUCGUGAAAUCAGUCCUAAUAGCUGGUCCACAUGGCAGUGGCAAAAAGCUCUUGGUGAAUGCGAUCUGUACGGAACUUGGAGCUACACUCUUUGAUAUUACGCCGGCGAAUAUCGCUGGCAAAUAUCCCGGCAAGUCAGGAUUGAUUAUGCUUGUCCAUCUAAUUUCAAAAGUAUCGCGAUUACUGCAGCCGUCAGUGAUCUUUAUGGACGAUGCGGAAAAGCCAUUUGUAAAAAAAAUAGCAAAAACGGAUAAAACCGAUCCGAAACGUUUGAGAAAGGAUCUACCAAAAUUAGUGAAGGGUAUCACGGGAGAAGAUAGAAUUUUGCUUAUUGGGACGUCUAAUAAGCCUUGGGACGGCGACCAAAAGCUCUUAUAUCAAACUUACGACAAAGUCAUAUAUAUUCCUAGACCAGAUUACGGCACUGUGUCUCUUGUAUGGAAAGAUUUGCUAUACAAAUAUUCGGGUAUUAGUCGACAAUUUGAUAUAUCGGCGAUGGCCAAAGCAUGUGACGGUUUUACAAUAGGAACUAUUUUAGCAGCGAUCAGUGAAGUAAUGACUACAAAACGUAUGGUACAACUACGAACACAUCCUCUAACGCAUGCAGAAUUGAUAAACGCAUUAAGUUUUAAGGAUCCAGUAUAUCGAGAAGAGGAAGACGCAUUUCUAGCUUGGUUUUCUAAAACGCCAACAUGUCGACGAAAACUAAGAGCUUUGGAAUUGGAGCUAGAGAAGUUGAAUGAAGCAAAUGAUUCGCAAAAAAAGAAAAAAGGAGGAAAAUAGUGAACAAAAUUAUUUCCUCAUGUAAAAGAGUCUCUAUCUUAUACGAUACAUUAUCGAUGCAUGCAUUAUCGCUAUAAAGAGUAUACGUAAUCCAUUCAUAUUCAUGUAACGAUCGAUAAGAUACGAUCGUUUCUAUUUAAGUACGCUAUACUUAUAUUCUUUUUAUAACUCUGCUCAUUCAAUUUUCAAAUUUUUUUUAUAAGAUUUAUAAAGUCUAUAAAAAAAGGCAAAAAUGAUAUUUUGUGCGAAGCGAUCGUUCAAUCUACGAUGAUGAAAUCAUUUUUAUUUAAGAAUAGAUAAAAUAAUAUGUUUAUUAAGACUUUGAUUUUUUAUA